UAGAAUUAGGUGAAAAGUAAGUGAUUUUAAAAGAAAUGGCAGAAUCGUAAAUAUGAGUCAACGGCUCAAGUCUACUGAGAGAUCCGACCAUAAAAGAGGAGCCAUAGAGAAGAGAAUCGGUCAUUUCAAUAGCCAUGUCGAACGCCGAGAAAGUCAUCAGCGGAGGAGCAUCGAGCAGCAGCCACUCCGUUUUUGGAGAAGGAACAGCCACUGAAGCGAGUGAUGAGUUUACAGUAACAACGGAGGAGGAGGGGGAGGUACGAUCGGGAACACUGUUCGAACUGGAUCUUCUUGAUUGUCCCUUUUGCUGUCACGCACUGACAAGACCUGUUUUUCAGUGUGACAAUGGACACAUAGCUUGUUCUGCUUGCUGUACUAACCUGAGGAACAGAUGCCCUUCUUGCACUUUGCCCAUUGGUGUCUAUCGAAACAGAAUGAUGGAGAGAGUCGUGGAAGCUAUCAUUGUCCCGUGCCCUAACGCAAAACAUGGCUGCACCGAGAUGUUCUCUUAUGGCAAAGAGUUAGUCCAUGAGAAAGAAUGCAGUUUCGCUCUAUGCUACUGUCCUAGACGAGGCUGCAACUACGCCGGACUCUGCAAGGAUCUCUACCGUCACUACUAUAACUGCAGCAGCGCACGGGAAUAUUUCAGGUGCGGCUAUAAUGUGCAGGCAUGGAUGCACAUCAGUGAUAAGAUUUUAGUUCUUCAGGAAGGUAGAGAGGGUCCAUUGGUUGCGAUUCAGUGUUUCGAGGAGGAACAAGGAGUGUAUGUGACUGUCAACUGUAUAACACCUUGUGCUCCUGGAGUCUCGGAAUUCUCCUUUCAACUCUCUUACUCGUCGUACGGAGGAGCUCAUAAAACCAUGUCGUUUGGAUUGGGUGAGAUGAAUAGGAUUCAGAAAGUGAGCUUCCAAACUCCUGACAAGGACUUCAUGUUUGUUCCUCACUAUUUCUUGGCUGGACGGACUGAUUUGAAGAUGAAUAUUUGCGUCCGCCGACGAGGAGGAGAAGAAGAAGAAGAAAACACAUGAUGAGGAGACUGAUGUUGUUGACAAAGUUCUCAGGAGAAGAUAAAGAGGAGGAUGAGCAGGGAACGAGGAAGGAGUAUGAUUGUAUGAAGUUUAAUAUGCUUUUGGAUUGUGUAUGAACUUAAUGUAUGAAGUUUAAUAUGCUUACGGAUUUUGUAAAAUUUAUGAAUUUAUGUAGUGUUUAAAAAAAAAAAAUUUAUGUAAUAUGAAUUUUAGUAUGUUAAAGUAUGAUUUUUAUUUGGACAUGC